AUGGUCCGCCACAAAAAAGAUAACUUCUCCUCCAAAGGCAAGCACCCACACCGCGGCGUCCCGCGCUACGCGCGCCCCCCGAAACCGGACCGCAAUGACGACUCCAAAGACGGUGACGACCCCAACAGCGAAGGCUCCUCCUCCGGUCUACCCACCCGCCCAGCCUUCAAAGCCGCCUGUUGGGACCUAGGCCACUGCGACCCGAAGCGUUGCUCGGGCAAGCGGCUCAUGAAGCUAGGCCUGAUGCGCGAGCUGCGCCAGGGCCAGCGUCACGCCGGCGUUGUCAUCACGCCCAACGGGAAGCACGUCUUGUCCCCCGCCGAUGCCCCGCUUCUCGAGCAACACGGUGCCGCGGUGGUCGAGUGCUCGUGGGCAAGGACGGGCGAGGUACAGUGGUCGAAAGUGGGAGGGAAAUGCGAGCGGUUGCUGCCGUACCUCGUCGCGGCGAAUACGGUGAAUUACGGCAAGCCGUGGAGGUUGAAUUGCGUCGAAGCGCUGGCGGCGGCGUUUGCGAUUUGUGGGCAUCUGGACUGGGCUGAGCAGGUGCUGGCGCCGUUUUCGUAUGGAAAGGCAUUCUUGGAGAUUAAUGCCAGUUUGUUGAAGAAGUAUGCUGCGUGUGAGAACGAGGCAGCGAUUAAGAAGGUUGAGCAAGAGUGGAUGGACCGGCUAGACCGGGAGUAUGCGGAGAAUAGGGAGGAGGAUGAGGAUAUCUGGGCGAGCGGGAACGUCAAUCGGCGGGCGCCAGUCCUGUCAGAUGACGAGGACGAGGAUGAAGAAGAGAAAGGGGAGGGUAGUGACGACGAAAAGGACAAGGAGUUCCCGCCACUCGACGGCAUCUACCUCGGCUCAAAACCCCCUCCUAAGCAGCCCCCUCCGCAGAAGAACAGCUACGACCUACCUCCCUCAGACUCCGAGGAUGACGAAGACGAAGACGCCGAGAUGGAGGCUAUCCGUCGCAAGAUCCUCGCCUCGAAGCCCUUCGCCAACCCACAGCCUUCCGAGCCAGAGAUGGAAAGAGGCCCGGACAUGAAGGAUAAGGGGAAGGACAAAAAGGGGACCGUCAUCACUAUCCCGCGGCCAGAACCGCUACUUAAGCCCGACUCCGAUGCCGAGCCGGACUCGGACAACGGGUCGGACGAUGAAAACAGCAGUGGGAUCGAAGGCGGCGAUGAUGAGUUCGACAACAUCAUCAAUGCCACGCCAAUGACGGAUAGGAUUGGAUUGCAAAGGCUAGAGAGGGAAAGGCAAAAGGCGGCCGCGGUAAAGUUGGCGUUUUCAUCGGGAGGAGCGAACGCUCCAAAGAGAUGGUAA